UGCUAGGCAACAAAAGCAUAAUCCACACCCCCGCAUGGGAAAGAAAUCACAGUAAUUCGUCUAGGUGCUAACUGGUUUGCAAACUACUAUAGGUUGUUUGAUUUUCAUUUUAGACUGCAAAUACAUUUAUUUUCGGAUCCGUAGGGUUAACUGUUAUCUAACGUUAGCUAUCCAGCUAAUUUAACUCCAGUACUAGCCGGAGCUAUUGCACAUCACUUGCUACACUAGCUAGCUAGUGUGGUUAACUAGCUUGCUAGUAAUAAAAAUAUAUACAUUUCUUCACAGAUGCAAAGGUAACUGCGUUCCCGUUAUGAUACUGUCAAGGGUGAAGCCAGCAGUAAGUGGAGAGGCUGCAGCCACUCUCAGUGAGAAGAAGAAGAAAAACAAAACCAAGAAGAUACCUUGUCUGGAGGAAUACCUCCACCAGAGAGACUACCUUGGAGCUCAAACACUUUUGGAGUUUCAGCGAGAUGUUGGAGAAAAAGAGGAACAUGCAGACCUUUGGAUUGGCUACUGUGCCUUCCACUUGGGUGAUUACAAGAGAGCAAUGGAGGAAUACAGGGCCCUGACACUCAGGUUAGAAGACCCAGGGGAGUUGUGGGUGUACCUGGCAUGUACCCUGUUUUUCCUGGGGCUCUACAGAGAAGCAGAGGAGGCUGCAAACAAGGGUCCUAAGUGUGCCCUUCAGAAUCGUCUGCUCUUCCACCUGGCACACAAGUUCAACGAUGAGAAGAAGCUGAUGUGUUUCCAUCAGAGCUUGGAGGACGUGACUGAGGACCAGCUCAGCCUGGCUUCCAUCCACUACAUGAGAUCUCACUAUCAGGAGGCCAUCGACAUCUACAAACGCAUCCUGCUGCAGAACAGGGAUUUCCUGGCUCUCAACGUGUAUGUAGCACUGUGCUACUACAAGUUGGACUACUAUGAUGUUUCCCAGGAAGUGUUGGCUGUGUAUCUGCAGAGUAUCCCUGAGUCCACUAUCGCUCUCAACCUCAAGGCCUGCAACCACUUCAGGCUCUACAAUGGCAAGGCAGCCGAGGCGGAGUUAAAGAACCUCAUUGACAUCUCCUCCUGCUCCUUCGAGUUUGCCAAGGAACUCAUCCGACAUAACCUGGUGGUGUUUCGUGGUGGGGAGGGGGCCUUGCAGGUGCUGCCCCCCCUGAUUGAUGUCAUCUCUGAGGCUCGUCUGAACCUGGUCAUUUACUACCUUAGACAAGACGAUGUUCAAGAGGCUUACAACCUCAUUAAAGAUUUGGAGCCCACUACACCACAGGAGUACAUUCUGAAAGGAGUGGUAAAUGCAGCAUUGGGCCAAGAUAUUGGAUCGCGGGAACACCUGAAGAUUGCGCAACAGUUCUUCCAGUUGGUUGGAGGCUCAGCCAGUGAAUGUGACACUAUACCUGGAAGACAGUGCAUGGCUUCCUGCUUCUUUCUACUGAGGCAGUUUGAGGACGUGCUUAUCUACCUCAACUCAGUCAAGAGUUACUUCUACACCGAGGACACGUUCAACUUCAACUAUGCCCAGGCCAAAGCUGCCCUGGGGAACUACAAAGAAGCAGAAGAGAUAUUUUUGUUGAUUCAAGGCGAGAAGAUAAAGACUGACUAUGUAUACCUGAGCUGGCUGACUCGCUGCUACAUUAGGAACAAGAAAGGCCGCCUAGCUUGGGAGCUGUAUCUGAAGAUGGGGGCGUCUCCAGACUCGUUCAGCCUUUUGCAACUCAUCGCCAAUGACUGUUAUAGGAUGGGCCAGUUUUACUGGGCAGCAAAAGCCUUUGAUGCACUUGAGAAACUUGAUCCAGGCUCUAACUACUGGGAGGGCAAGAGAGGGGCCUGCGUUGGCAUCUUCCAGCUCAUACUGGCCGGCAAAGAGCCAAAGGAGACAUUGAAGGAGGUGCUACCCCUAGUGAGGAGCACACAGAACCCCCAAGUGGAGUACAUUAUCAGAACUUUGAGGAAAUGGGCCAAAGACAACAGAGUUCCUCUGACAUAACAAUUUAUAACACAGUACACUUAAAAUAGUUAAUACAUGUUGUCAUUACACUAUUUAAUGUGGUUUACGUAAAUGUUCUCAUCUGAGGCUUCUACGAGUAAAAAACUUUCAAUAAGACCUGUUAACAUUAGGUCAUGCACAAGUAUAUUGAUUGUGAUGCAAUGUACAUUUUUCAUUUCAUUAGUAUCAUGUACUAUUGUGUUUUAUUUACAUUGUGUAUACUCAUGUUCAGUCUUGCCAAUCAGUUGUAUUAAAAUGUGUCCAUUCAUUCCUCAUAUGAUGAUGAUGAUUCAAGAUCUAGACAUUUUUGUUAAACAUUAUUUAAAGACUGAUCAUUUUUAUCUUUGUAAAGUUUAUUUUUCAGAAAGAGAAAUAAAAGCAUAUAUUGUGUCCUUA